AUGAAAAGUGUUAAACCAAAUCCAUUCGACAAAGACUCAGAACCAUUUGUUGAAACUGACCCAACUGGAAGAUAUGGUAGAUACAAUGAAUUACUUGGAUCAGGUUCUUGUAAAAAAGUGUACAAAGCAUUUGAUCAAGAAGAAGGAAUAGAAGUUGCGUGGAAUCAAGUCAAACUCAGAAAUUUCAGUAAUAAUGACCCUGCAAUGAUUCAUAGGCUUUACUCUGAAGUUAGAUUGCUUAGAAGCAUGAGAAACGAAAACAUCAUUGCCCUUUACUAUGUUUGGAGAGAUGAAGAUCAUAACAUACUUAAUUUCAUCACUGAAGUUUGUACAAGUGGGAACUUGAGAGAUUAUAGGAAGAAACAUAAGCAUGUUUCUAUUAAGGCUUUGAAGAAGUGGUCUAAGCAAAUUUUGGAAGGGUUGAAUUAUUUGCAUGUUCAUGAUCCAUGUAUCAUUCAUAGAGAUCUCAAUUGCAGCAAUGUGUUUAUCAAUGGAAAUACUGGCCAGGUUAAGAUUGGUGACUUAGGUUUGGCAGCAAUUGUUGGAAAGAAUCAUACAGCACAUUCAGUUCUUGGGACACCAGAGUUUAUGGCACCUGAAUUAUAUGAAGAGAAUUACACUGAAUUGGUGGACAUAUACUCAUUUGGAAUGUUAGUACUGGAGAUGGUGACACGAGAGAUUCCUUAUAGUGAAUGUGACAAUGUUGCAAAGAUAUACAAGAAGGUGUCAUCAGGAGUGAGACCACAAUCCUUGAACAAGAUAAAAGACGCAGAAGUGAAGGCUUUCAUUGAAAAGUGUCUUGCAAAACCAAGGGACAGACCUUCUGCUGAGGAAUUGCUAAAGGAUCCAUUCUUUGAUGUUUUAGAUUAUGAAGAUGUUGAUGAUUAA